AUGUUUCAAGCCGAAAAUGAGAGUUCAUUACAAGCAGAUUACAAUCCAAAACGAUCAAAACUUGUUAUAAAAGAAGAGUCAACUGAAUUAUUAAUACCAAUGACACAAGCACAGUUACAAAUUGCUUGUGAACAUAACAAAGUAGUUGAAGCGGAAAAGAUACUCGACGAACAUCCCGAAUUACUUUCUAAGGAAGACAUCAAAGGAAAUACCCCACUCAUGACAGCUAUUAAAAAUAACGCUAAAGAGAUGGUCUUGCUGUUACUAAGUUGUGGCGAGUGCAGGUUGGACCACAUCAACAUUUUUGGAGAAAACAUAUUACACUUCUUAACAUUUGCAACAGUAACAAAAGAGGAUGAGAUGAUGCAUUUACUUGCGAAGAAAUUGUUGGAGGAGUACCCAUUUUUCAUUAAUUAUAAGAACAAGGGUGGAGAAACUCCACUCCACCUUGCUGUGCAAAAUAACAACGUUGAAAUCGCAAAAAUGCUCAUUGGAAAAGGAGCAAAGAAAGAGGAGAGGAAUGUGUGUGGAUAUACUCCUGUUGAUUACGCUGUGUUUUAUCAACGAGAUGAAAUUGUGGAGUUGCUUAAAGAUGGUCCGGUUGUGGAAGUCGUGAAAGAAACGGAGGAGAAGAAAGAAGUGAAAGUUGAGACAAAAGACUUAAAAGAAACUGAGUUGAAGACACCCCAACCAAACCAAUCCUCUGAAAAACAAGAGACAUCGUUUUUUAAUCUGUUCAAACGUAAAGAGAACCACAGUGUAUCACCACAAAUGAACUACAGAAAGAUGGUGUCUUCACUUGUCUUAGACCCCGUUAUCACCUCAACAACACUCGACUCUUUCAACGCCAAAAAGAAGUUCCGAAUGAUUUCAAUUGAUGGUGGAGGAUCGAAGUGUAUAUUACAGUCAUUGAUUUUAGCAAGACUGGUGAAAAAGUUUCCCGAGUUAAUCGAGUCGACCAAUUUGUUCUGUGGAGUCUCUGCAGGAAGUUUUGUGUGUGCAGAUUUGGCAAUGGGUAUCCGCCCUGCGGAUGUUGCACAGCUGAUGAUUGAAAUGAGCAAACACAUGUUUCAAAAGAAGUCGCGUGGGUAUACAGAGGCGUUGUAUUCCAACGAGUACAUUAUUGAUGUGGCUCAUGCGACUUUUGGUGAUAAAAAGCUGAGUGAUUUAAAACGAGGUGUUCUUGUCAACUCGUUUCAGUUUGACACGGGGAAGAACGACCCCAAACGAAGUUGCAAAGCAUGUGUAUUCAACAACUUUAUUCCAGGAUAUGAUUGUAAGAUUGCAGACGCGACUUUAAGGUCAUCUGCCGCUGUUGGAUACUUCCCACCAUACGAUGGAGGAUACGCCGAUGGAGGUAUUUUUGAGAACAACCCUUCUGUGUGUGCAUUUCCAUUUGUGUUUGGUGAGAGAGGACUUGGCAUUGAAAUGAAGAAUACAGUGUGCUUGUCAUUAUCCUCGGGAAGACCCCCAGUGUCAUACAUUGACUCCGAUAAAUACACAGACGUGGGGAUGUUACAGUUGUUACCCAUUUGUAUGGAUGGAUUCUUUUUGAGCAGGAAAGCAAUGGCGGACGUCACCGGGAACGGAUUUUUGGGUGAGAGGUACUUCCGAUUCGACCCGGUUUUAUUUGAAAAUUUGGACUUGGACUGCGCAGAUGCAGUCCCGAAAAUAAUCCAAAUUGGAGAGACGGUCGACCUCGCACCAAUAGAAGAUUGGAUUGUCAAAUAUUGGUUAUAG